GGGAAUCUUGAUUCAUUAUUAAAAGAAAGAAAAGAAAAAAAUUAGGAUGUUUUUGUUCUCUCAUUUCAUUUGUGACGAUCUUUUCUUUGAGCUCAAAUCGAUGAUCUAAGAACACCCAUCAGCUUAAUUUGCACAAGAUAAACAACCCCUUUUGAGCUUUGAGUGUCAGUGGAUCAGACAAUCAGACAAUCAUGACUCUUGUUGAGAAUGGUGGGUCGAAUAACCGGGUCGAAUCGGCCGAUUUUGAUCAGCAGAAGAAGAAUAUUAUGCCUAAUGGAAAUGGGGUUUUGAAUCAUCAUCAUCAAAAUAAUAAUAAUAACAAUCAUCAGAUGAAGAUGAACGGUGGUGAUCAUCGUGAUCAUGACGAUGAGGGUUUAAAGAAAGAGAUGAGAGAUUUGGCUGAAAUGUUGUCGAAAUUAAAUCCUAUGGCUGAAGAGUUUGUUCCACCUUCACUCGCUCAUAAUGGUUUUCACGCGCCGCUUGUUCUGCCGCCGCCUGCCGGAGCUCCGUUUGGGUACUCUGCUGUUAAUGAUUUCUUGCUUCAGACUGGACAAACCCCUUUUCCUAAUAUGAAUGGUGGUGGUUCUACUAGAAGGAAGAAGGGUAACUUUAACCACGGGAAGCGAAGGAUGAAUAACCGAACCAACAUGGCUCAACGCGAAGAUGUCAUUAGGAGAACGGUUCAUGUGUCGGAUAUCGAUCAGCAGGUAACUGAAGAACAGCUUGCAGCCCUCUUUAUCAGUUGUGGACAGGUUGUGGAUUGUCGUAUAUGUGGUGACCCUAAUUCCGUUCUUCGUUUUGCGUUUAUUGAGUUUACUGACGAGGAAGGUGCAAGGAAUGCAUUGAGUCUUGCUGGUACUAUGCUCGGUUACUACCCGGUUAGGGUUCUUCCUUCAAAGACUGCAAUCGCACCAGUAAAUCCAACUUUUUUACCACGGUCUGAAGAUGAAAGGGAAAUGUGUGCGAGAACUAUCUACUGUACUAACAUUGAUAAGAAGGUUACUCAGGCAGAUGUUAAGCUCUUUUUUGAAUCAUUUUGUGGAGAGGUUUAUCGUUUGAGGUUGCUAGGCGACUACCAUCAUUCUACUCGUAUUGCAUUUGUGGAGUUUGUGAUGGCAGAGAGUGCAAUUGCGGCACUGAACUGUAGUGGUGCGGUAUUGGGAACAUUGCCGAUAAGGGUUAGCCCUUCUAAGACCCCGGUUCGUCCACGUGCACCGCGCCCUACCAUGCACUGAACACACGUUUCGCGACCAGCUCACUAUAUCAUCAGUAUCUAAUUAUACACACGACUGUUAUGUUUCUGGUGUUUUGUUGAAUUCAUUCGGGUUCAAGUAUCUGUUUGAAAUGUAGAUUUAGGAUGAUGGAAGUUUGAGGCUGAACUCUGAGUUUUCUUAGUUACUGGUUUGUCACUAAGAACCGAGACGGUUUUCGUUAUGAAAAUUGUUGUUUUAAGUUUAUUAUUACUUUGCUAUUAAUUAUUAUGUGGUUCUUGGA